AUGCAACGCUCUAUAAUAUUUUCUGUUUUAAUUGCAUGUCUGCUAUUAGCAGUACCAAUUAGAAGUCAGGAUGAGUAUGCCCAAUACCACUAUAGUUUCGAUAAUGACACAGUAACAGCAAGUUGUACGAAGCCGAAACCACUGAUAUUCGAAUUAAUGUUUGACUUUUUAACAAUGAUUAAAGCAGAGUCCGGUAGACGAACACAACAAUGUGUGUUGAACGAUGAAGGACCUGGAUUCAUUUCACCGCCAACUAUAGCACGACAUAUUUUUGCUGCUAUGUCUAUUGCAUAUAACACUCUUGCACGUUAUAGCCAACAUGCAAAUCCAACAUUAAUGUACGACGGAUGGUCACGUAUGCCUCAUGCGCAAACACAAGAACAGGUGCCCAAUUGCGUUUAUAUUUACGGUUUUUAUCAUAUAUCGAAUUUUCUUAUGCCCGAACGAGUGGCAAAUUAUAGUUUUAAAGAAAAUUAUGAAAGAAAGUAUGAGUGUAAUUUAACAGAAAUCUCAGCAACUACAAGUUCGAAUUUGGGUUUGGUACAAAGGGAUGUUGAUCAAUUAAAAGCAUACUUAAGAACAGACGGAUUUAAUCAAGAAGGGUGCUAUGCUGAUACCUCUAAUUAUAUACCAGCAAGUCCACCAUGUUUACUUGACAAUAAAACAACAAUUGAAAUAUGCCGAAAUUUUUCACACACAUAUAAUACGAUAUGGAGCUAUGGUGAAAUUUGGAAAACUGGCUAUAUUAAUAAACCUCGACGCACGUCAGUGCCUCACACACAUUUAUGCAAACCAUUUUCUUUAGGGAAGCUGCAAGACUAUAUGGCUACACCAUAUUUUGGCGCACCAUCUUUCGAAAAUGGCACAAUAAUGAGUUUACCCGAGCAAUUUUUAGAACUUGUUACUAUCCAAGAAGAUUUGGGUGUAGAUCAUGACAAACCAAAACUGAUAACUGAAUAUUGGGCAAGUGGACCAAAUACAGCUGGUACAUCAGGACAUUGGCAAUCCAUAACAUUAAACAUAAUUCGACGUCUCUGCUACGAUAACAGUGAUGCAAUAAAACUUCUUUUUGGUGUUGGUGCUGCUACUUAUGAUGCUGGUAUUGCUGCUUGGCAAAGCAAACGCUUAUAUAGUACGGUGCGUCCAGUAGUAUACAUACCCACCGAACAUAUGGACACUAGAUUUAAAAAUCAGUUUGUCGGUAUGUAUUGUAAUUUUAUGGAUAUUGACGGAUGGCAAUGGACUCCGUAUCUAGAAGAGACAGUAAUUACACCUGAUUUUCAAGAAUAUAUCAGUGGACAUAGUACAUUUAGUCGUGCCGCUGCAGUAGUUCUUGAGGCGUUAACAGGUAGUCCAAAUAUACCGGGUAAUUUAUCACUAACAAUAAAAGCUGGUCAAUCAUUAUAUCAACCACGAUGCAAUCAAGCAGAUGUGGCUUGUUAUAGAAAAUGCAGAGUAGAUCCUUCAUUGGAUUCUGAAAACAACUAUAUUCCAAAAGUUGAUGUAAAUCUCGGUCCAUGGAGAACCUAUCGUGAAAUGGCCGAUCAAGCAUCCAUCAGUCGAAAGUACGGGGGUAUACAUAUUGCAGCUGGUGAUAUACAAGGUCGCAUAAUUGGGCAAAAAGUCGGUGACAUGGUUUCGGCGAAAUUAUUCGUUUUAUUUAAUCAAGAUCCUACAAAGCCUACAAGCGAUUCCAUGCGUUUACAAUUUCACGUUGUGUUCUAUCUUAUCGCAUUAAUUUACUAUUACGAUGAAAAGAACAUGUAG